GAGACCGCUUCUUUCAAACCCAAUAUUUUUCCACCCGAUGUGCUGGCCCAGAUUGCACCCGAAGUACUACUCCAGAAGUAUCUGCAAAUUGGUUUACGCCCUUCGUUACGGAAGUUUGACGAAUUCAAGCCUGUCGUAAUCGGCCGUGCUGGAGUCGGAAGGUACGAGUCUAACGAGCCUAACGGCGACAUUAACGGUGUUGGUAGCGUGCUUGGGUCCUCGAUCGUGAAAUCAGGCAAGACUACUGUCAUAUGUCUGAUUAGCGGUGCGAUUGUUGAGGACGAUCAUGAGCUGGUUAACGACUACAGAACAAAGCUCGAAAAAGAUAUAAUAGACAGCGAAACACAUAGAGAUAGCAAAAAUGCGACCGUUUACACAGAAGUUGAGAUCUCGCGUGGCGGGAGUGGGCCACCGAACGAGGAGGAGAUUGCCAUCUCGCAGAGGCUAUACGAAGCCAUCUACCAUUCUGGCCUGAUUGACCGCAACGCUCUGAAGAUCCAGCUUGAGUGCAAGGGAGGGGAGGAGCUAGAACAGGAGUUCCUGCCGCAAACAGGCUACUCGUUUGUGCUAUACGCUACCAUUCAGGUCUUCUCGCGCGCUGGCCCAGUGUAUGACCUGUGCUACGGGGCACUUAUUUCUGCGCUUCGACAGACCCGUCUUCCUGCUGUCUACAUUGCUGAGAAACGAAUUGAGGUGGGGGUUCGUCGGGUACGAGUUGAGGACUACGAUCUCGAGUGUGAUGCCGAGAAAAACGAGCUCUUGAAAUUGAACGAAGAUAGAAUAUCUUGGAGCUCGACAUUUGGACUAGUAGAGCUGGACAAAGCCGUUCCUCAUGAUGAGGAUAAAAUGGAGAUUGACACGGACGGCAAGAUUCUGCUGGCAGAGCUGGAAGGCGAGGCCGAAGAAAACAUAGACACAAGGAUAAUGGUGAGCUCAAACGGCAGCACAUUGAGCGGCCUUAGUGUUUACGGCGCUGCCGGAGUCACAAAGGAGGAUCUAAAAAAAGCAUUUCAUUUGGCUAACCGUCGUGCC